AUGUCUGACGCAGAUUUCGAGACCAUCAAGAAGCUCCAGCAGGAGCGAAAUGCCGCCUCUGCUGGUAACAAGGGUUCGCGAACCUUUGAUGCAGCAAAUCAGCGAGUCGACGAUACUAAGCAAAAGUUGACCGACAGCGCCGACAGUACCCUCUACGAUCGUGAUGGAGCUGAUAGAUUUUCCGGGUAUCACACCUCGCUACCGAUGGGUGACGACGAUGAAGACAUGGGCGAUGGUGACGACACGCGACGGCUAGUUGGCCAGUAUACCGCAUCGCGAGAGAUGAUUGAUGAGUUCGCUCGUGGAGGUGGCGUGGAGGAAGAUGAUAUCCUUGCUGGGAAAGGCGAGAAGAGUGGUCGAAUUGUCGAUCGUGAGACAGAUUAUCAAAAGCGCCGAUUCAAUCGCGCCCUCACUCCCACACGCGCCGAUCCCUUUGCCGAGAAUCGCCAGGCUGGCGCUUCUGAGAAUGGCGCCAGUUACCGCGAGAUUAUGGAGGCUCGUGAACUAGAAAGGGAGGAGCAGCGCGUUUUGCAAGCCAUCAAAGCGAAGCAGGAGGGCAAGACUGGUGAUGACAGCGAUGCACAGCCCAUGCUAACCGGUGGUAAUGUCGAGGCUGAAGCUACCGAUGCUUCUUCGACUGCUCGAAAGCGCAAGAAGCGAUGGGAUGUGUCGUCGGCACCCGCCGAGGAUGAUACGGCUGAGGCCGGCGAGGCAGCGAAGCCCAAGCGUUCACGAUGGGAUCAAGCUCCUGCGCCUGGAGCAGAGGUUUCUAAGAAGCGUUCGCGAUGGGAUCAGGCCCCUUCUGCUACGCCCAUGGGCAACACAGGGCUAGCUACUCCUGCGCACCCAUCAUCCGCACCCACUCUGCCAACAACUUUUGGUACCGAUAUUGGUCGAAACAUGCCUCUCAGCGACGAGGAACUCGACCUCCUCCUACCCGGCGAAAGCGAGGGUUACAAGAUUCUUGAGCCUCCCCCUGGCUACGAACCUGUCCGCGCCCCAGCACACAAGCUUAUGGCCACCCCUGCUCCCCAAUCAGGCUUCAUGAUGCAAGAUCCUGAACAAGUACGCUUCAGUGGAAAGCCAAUGCCUGCUGAGAUUCCUGGCGUAGGCGACCUACAGUUCUUUAAGGCCGAAGACAUGGCGUAUUUCGGAAAGCUCACCGAUGGUUCUGACGAGAAUGCUCUAACGGUUGAAGAGCUGAAGGAGAGGAAGAUCAUGAGGCUUCUGCUGAAGAUCAAGAACGGUACUCCCCCCAUGAGGAAGACUGCUCUUCGCCAGAUUACCGAUAAUGCCAGGCAAUUCGGAGCUGGUCCUCUGUUUGACCAAAUCCUGCCCCUACUCAUGGAGAAGACGUUGGAAGACCAAGAGCGCCAUUUGCUGGUGAAAGUUAUUGACCGAAUUCUCUACAAGCUCGACGACCUUGUGCGCCCCUAUGUCCACAAGAUCCUGGUCGUUAUCGAGCCAUUGCUCAUCGACCAAGACUACUACGCGAGAGUGGAGGGACGCGAAAUCAUUUCUAACCUUAGCAAGGCUGCUGGUCUUGCUACCAUGAUUAGCACUAUGCGACCUGAUAUUGACCACGUCGACGAAUACGUCCGGAACACAACAGCACGAGCUUUUGCAGUGGUAGCGUCAGCCCUUGGCAUCCCUGCUUUGCUACCCUUCCUCAGGGCUGUCUGUAGAAGCAAGAAGUCAUGGCAAGCUCGCCACACGGGUGUGAAGAUCGUUCAGCAAAUCCCUAUUCUAAUGGGCUGUGCCGUGCUUCCUCACCUCAAGGGUCUUGUUGAGUGUAUUGGGCCUAACCUCAACGACGAACAGACAAAGGUUAGGACAGUCACCAGUCUGGCCAUUGCCGCAUUGGCUGAGGCCUCUAACCCCUACGGUAUCGAGAGCUUCGACGACAUCCUUAACCCUCUAUGGACGGGCGCUCGCAAGCAGCGGGGCAAAGGUCUUGCUGGUUUUCUCAAGGCUGUUGGAUACAUCAUCCCCCUGAUGGACGAGGAGUAUGCCAACUAUUAUACCAGCCAAAUUAUGGAGAUCCUGCUUCGCGAAUUCUCGUCACCCGACGAAGAAAUGAAGAAGGUGGUUCUCAAGGUUGUCUCUCAGUGCGCAGGGACGGAUGGUGUCACUGCAGGAUACCUUAAGGAACACGUUUUGGACGAGUUUUUCAAGAGCUUCUGGGUACGAAGAAUGGCCUUGGAUAAGCGAAACUAUCGACAGGUGGUGGAAACAACUGUCGACAUCGGCCAAAAGGUUGGAGUCAGUGAAAUCGUGGAGAGGAUCGUCAACAAUCUCAAGGACGAGAGCGAACCAUACCGAAAAAUGACUGUCGAAACGGUGGAGAAGAUCGUUGCAAGCUUGGGUGCAGCAGAUAUCGGCGAGCGCUUAGAAGAGCGGCUUGUGGACGGUAUCCUUCACGCGUUUCAGGAGCAGAGCGUCGAAGAUAUUAUCAUGCUGAACGGCUUUGGUUCUGUUGUCAAUGCCCUAGGAACCCGCUGCAAGCCCUACAUCCCUCAAAUCGUCAGUACUAUUCUAUGGCGACUCAACAACAAAUCGGCGACGGUUCGACAACAGGCCGCAGAUUUGAUCUCUCGAAUUGCCAUGGUUAUGAAGCAGUGUGGCGAGGACGCCCUCAUGGGUAAGCUGGGUGUUGUGCUCUACGAGUAUCUGGGCGAAGAAUAUCCCGAAGUUCUCGGAUCUAUCUUGGGUGCUUUGCGGUCUAUUGUCACGGUUGUUGGUAUUGCACAAAUGCAACCACCUAUCAAGGAGCUGCUACCACGACUGACCCCUAUCCUGCGAAACCGUCACGAAAAGGUUCAGGAGAAUACGAUUGACCUUGUUGGCCGUAUUGCGGAUCGGGGACCUGAGAGUGUCAAUGCCCGAGAAUGGAUGCGAAUCUGCUUUGAACUGCUCGAUAUGCUCAAGGCUCACAAGAAGGGAAUUCGACGAGCUGCGAACAAUACGUUUGGUUUCAUUGCCAAAGCUAUUGGUCCUCAGGAUGUGUUGGCAACUCUGUUGAACAACCUUCGCGUGCAGGAGCGCCAGUCCCGUGUAAACACGGCUGUUGCCAUUGGUAUCGUGGCCGAAACUUGUGCUCCCUUUACAGUUCUUCCUGCUCUCAUGAACGAGUAUCGUGUACCAGAGCUCAAUGUGCAGAAUGGUGUCCUCAAGUCACUUUCCUUCCUUUUCGAGUAUAUUGGAGAGAUGGCAAAGGACUACGUUUACGCAGUGACUCCCUUACUGGAAGACGCUCUCAUCGACCGUGAUCAGGUCCACCGUCAAACGGCAGCUUCCGUCGUCAAGCAUAUUGCUUUGGGUGUGGUUGGUCUUGGAUGUGAGGACGCUAUGGUGCAUCUCCUCAACCUUCUGUACCCAAAUCUCUUCGAGACUAGCCCACACGUCAUCGAUCGUAUCGUGGAGGCCAUUGAGGCCAUUCGAAUGGCAGUCGGGCCAGGCCUGGUGCUCAACUACGUCUGGGCAGGCCUGUUCCACCCGGCAAGAAAGGUCAGAACCCCAUACUGGCGCUUGUACAACGAUGCAUACGUUCAGGGGGCUGACGCGAUGGUGCCAUAUUACCCAAAUCUUGAUGAAGACAAGAUGGAUAGACCGGAGCUGGCGAUUGUGCUGUAA